AUGCUGUGCACGUACUUACUCGUACUUACAAGUUUCUUAUUAAGAGCAGGAUGCAACGGCACAAAAAAGAAAGAAUACAGUGGUACCCUAAACAAAUUUAAUAGAACCUACUAUGAUAAAGGACUACUAAUACAUAAACAUAAAAAGAUAAACGCGAAAAAAAUUUUGUUUCUUAAAAGUAAAAAAAAUAAAUUGAAAGAGAUGUGGAAAAAUUUUACAAAAAAUUAUUUUUAUAAAUACUUCAACUUAAGCAAUAGACGUAAUAAUAGAAGUAAUGAGAGUUCUAUUGAAGGAUGGAGUAAACUCUCUAUAAACAACGUUUUUAAUAAUUUCACUUUAAAAGAUAAUAAUGAAAUAAUUAAUGAAGCUAUAAUAAAUAAUAGUACAUUAAUUAAUGAAGACGCAUUUGCUGACUUGCUGAAAAAGAAUAAUAUAAAUAUUAUAAGAUAUAGAGAUAUUAAUACAAUAAUAAAAAUUAUUAAUGAUUAUUAUACUACAACAAAUCAUCUCUUCUCUAACGUUUUAAAAUAUGAAGUUAAAAAGGUUAAGAACAAAAAUAUGCUAGUUAUAUAUGUAAACGAGUUGAUACUAGAUGAAAAUUGCAUUAAAAUUAAUGUGUAUCAGGUGGACAAAGAAAAGGGGGAAAAACAAAAUUUGCAGCGCUCAUCUCCAGGCUCCACUAAAAAGGAAGUGCAAAAAAGUGGAAAUAAGAUCGACAACAAAAAUAGCAAUAAAAGUGGUAAGGGGGAGAAGAUAGUGGGUCAUCAAAAUAGCCAGGGAAAUUACUACAAAAAUAAUAGUCUAAAUAGAGACAGAAGUGCUGGAAAAAAUAUGAACAAAACUUCUGAUCAAAAAUUAUACCAAAAUUCUGACCAAAAUGCUAGCCAAAAUUGUCAACAAAAUUCUGAACAGAGGGACAAUAAAGUCCUGUUAGAACGAAAGAGCGUCAUAAACAACGACGUUCUUAAUUAUGGCUUAAAAAGAAAGGACGGCAAAUCAAACAAUAAACUGAAACAAUUUUUCGAAAAAAAAAUGAACAUAAAAGAAAAGUGCAUAUUUAUGUGGGAUGAAAAAAUGUAUGAUCUGUUAAUAAAAUCCAAUUUGUUUAGUUAUGUACAUGUUAAAUUAUUCUUUGACAAAGUGAGUAAUAAAAAUAUAUUAGAAAUAGACCUAGUUGAAAAUAAAAAAAUGAUUUUUAUCCCAAGUAUAUCUAAAAGUUUCACUUCUUUUUUAGAGUUCUGCAUUAAUUUGACCUUUGCCUAUCUUCAUAGUAUUAACUAUGCUGACAAAUUCAGAAUAAAAUUUUUUCAAAAUAUGAAUUAUAAAAAUAAUAAACAUAGUUACGAUUUUGUUUUCAUAAAUGACAUAGUCGAAAUGGAAAAAUUAAAAAACAAUUAUCCAGCAUACUCUAUCUGCGGAUUUAACAUAAAUAAAGUCUACAAAAAAGAGGUAAGUAAUUCUUCAUUAAACCAUUUUAUGAAUAUUAUUAACUGUUCAGGUGAAAAUAACAGCUUAGCAGAAAAUUUGCAACAUGAUAUUUCUGAAACAACAGAAGAGGCUUCUUCUCUCCCUUUUAAUUUGAAUUAUCCUUUGAAGGAAAAAGAUAUUUACAAUUAUUUAAAUAAAAAUAAAAUUUUCAUUUUUUUUAUUAAAAAAGUACAUGACACAAUAUUUGAGUUAAAAAUGAAAUUUAAAAAAAAAAUGUUUCACAAAUUUUUAUAUUUUUUAAAAUCAGAAGAGGAAAAACACUCGAAUAAUAACAACGGAAAAGGUAUAAUCAACGAUAAGAUAAAAAAAUUUUUUAUUUUAAAAUAUAUAAAUUUUUUCAAAAAAGAAAAGAAUUAUGUAUUAUUUAACAAGUUAUAUAAUAUCUAUGGAUCUAAGUUGAAGUUGUCUAGUUCUUUAAAUGCCUUUUCCACAAAUUUUUUUGAAAAAUCGAACUUUUCGAAAACGUUUUAUAAUAUAAAAAAUAAGAUAGACUUGGUUGUUUAUUUUAACACGGAUAAAAGGUUUUGUGUAAAAGAAUAUGACAAUAUGUUGUCAAGAAAAAUUAGCGAGGGCCCAACUACUCCCAAUGAACAUAGGAAUAAUGAAAUUUUUCGUUCAGAAUUAUUAUCCUUUUUUAAAAAUGUUAAUAAGGGAAGAUAUUGCACAUUAAAUAAAAUAAACAAUUUGUAUUUGAAUUAUUCCUUUUAUUUUAAUAAAAAUUAUAAAAUUAAUAUAUCCACAUUUUUUAUUAAGCUAAAAAAUAUGUUGAGCAAACAAAAUUCAAAUGAAGAAGGGGUGAACAAAAAAUGUACAAACAAAUUAUAUAGUGGAGAGGGUUCCGCCUACCUUGCCCCCGUAUAUUUGUGUAAAUUAGCAUUGCAUGAUGUUCAUCUUUUAUUAAAUUUUGAAUUGUCAUUUAAGAAAAAUUUAUGGAAUUAUAAGCACAGGUAUUAUUAUGAUAAGAGUGAACAAAAAAAAAAAGAAAAAAAAAGAUAUUACUACUAUAACAUUAUGGAAGUGCUUAAUAUAAACAGAAAAAACACACACAACAAUUUCACAAAUUUCAGCGAAGAUAUUCAACGUAUAAAAGUGUACAGCAACAACAGCUCACUGUCAACUACUAGCUCCACUUAUGAUAUAAACAAUAUUAAUUUAAAUGAUGCACAGAAAGAAUAUUUAAAUAAAAUGAAAGUUGCGUUGAAUUACAAAUUAAUAUUUCCUAUAUUAUUUCACAAUUAUUUUUUAAAUUUACUCAACAUAAAAUUGUACCUGUUUUUUAAUUAUAAUUUAUUUGAUGAUACUCCAAACGAUCCCAAUGCUUCUUCUUCUGUCUCUUUCUUAAGCGAGCAAAACAGGAAGGCUACUACUUACAAUUUCCUUAAAUUAAAUUACUUAAAAAAUAAAAAAAAAAAUCUCAGUUCUUCAUAUGGCGUAGGUGUUCUUUUGUCGAAUGUGAACGUUUUUUUAAAUUUUAAACUAAACACUGAAAAAAUGGUACCUACCCUCAUUUUGCAGUUAAACCAGGACAGCUCAAAAUUCAAGUACUUGCUGUGA